CGGCAAGACAGAAGGGUGGACCGACAGCUCAUUUGCGCACGUCGACAUCGAAAGCAUGGACGCCAACGCGGGUGAAGCCUACGUGCUCGAGAUGCUCGACCUCUCGAGCUUGGACUACUCGCUGCAGUGGUCGCCAGAGGAGGCGGACCUCCUCUCGAGCCUCGUGUCGACGACGGACGAAGAGCCGGCACCGACGGCCAAGUCCAAGCAGAGCGAAGCGCUUCGGCGCCACAGGCAAAAGAAGCGCGAGGAGCAGGCCGAGCUCAAGCGCGCAGCGCAAGAACUCGAAGAGAAGCUUCAUCUGCUACAGCAGACCAAGGCGCUGCGUGACAUUCUGCAGCCGCCCACCAAGUGGCAGGCGCUCGCGACCAACGAGGCGCGGCUGCGGCACGAGGCGACGGUCGAGAACAAGCAACUCAAGGAGCGCGUCCAGGAGCACAUGGUCACGGUGCAGACGUUCGCGUCGCUUCUCGACAAGACAUGGCAGCAGUCCAAGGCCAUGGCGUACGUCAGCGGGCCCGCCGAGAAGAAGUGGGAACAGCUCGUGCUCGUGGCCGACCCGACGCUUCGCGUACGUGGGAUGCACGCAAUGCUGGACCGUGAGCGCGCGCGGAUCGAAAGCGCGUUUGUCGAAGCCGGGCUCGUCGACGUCGUCGACGAAGUUCAAAAGCAUGUGUCCCAGUACACGCACAACAACAGCCUCGAGUUCCACACGAUUCUGCACCGCCACACGCCGCUGUCGCUGCACGCGCUGCUGGAAGGGACGUGGAACGUGCUCCGGGGCACGGUCACGAUCCAGAACCUGCCGCGUUACUGCAAGCACCUCGAAGACAUUGACGCGGAUACGACGUACGCCUCUGGCUGGCUCGACCACCCGCUCGGGCAGUUCCAGCGGCGCGUGCUCUGCAAGCAGUACGUGAGCGAGGUGAACGGCCGCGCCCAGUGCAUCAUUAUCUGCCGCAGCAUCGAAGACGACGAACUGGCGCCGUACGACGCGUCGUCGCCACACGCCAACGAGCUCUCGUGGACGUUUAUGGAGGCCAACCCGGAAGGCGGGACAACGGUCAAGUACUUUCAGAAACUGCGGCCGUCGGCGUGGACGGCCGCCACGCCCAUGAGCUCGCACUGGGCCGACCGGCUCGAGAAGCAUUCGCAACAGGUGCGCCACGCUGUGCACCAGUACCUCGACCACUUUGGUGCGACGCGCGCACCGCAGCAAUAAACAAAUACGAUCUUACGGCAUCGCGCAUGCAGCUAGUAGCCCUACCCUCUUUGACGUAACAGGAUCGCAGCUUUUGGGACAGAGGACGACGGCGACACUAGUUAACUUUAUAUUCACGCAAGCGCGUUUGUUGUACGACUA